CGAGCUUCCUGAUUCCUGGGAUGCGGUGAUAGCUUUUUUUGUGCGAUCGUCGUGUUCCUUCUCUUAUUCCCGUCAGCGCCGUCAUUUUCCAAUUUCUUUGCUCUUCUUUCAUUUCAUUGCUGGUGUGCUUUUAUGGGGCACAAGUCAAUUAUGACCAUUGGAUAUUCAGACUUGGAAGUUGCGCCGCAAACACCAUCGACAGGGCCAGUACCGAUCAAAGAUCAUUCUGCAGGCCUCAUAGUGGAGAGUAACGAUACGCACAAGAUCGCAGGAGAACCAUAUUAUUACGACCCAGACAACAACCUCCCGCCAUAUUCGCAAGAAAAACCGCGGCGAAUAUGCGGCGCCGAACGAAGAACAUUCUGGAUCGUCCUCGCGAUCAUCGCUGUGCUAAUAACAGCAGCGGCAGUAGGUGGAGGAGUCGGAGGUGUGGUAUCAAAAAACAAGUCCUCGACACCUAGCUCCGCACAAACCACAACUCCCUCCUUGUCAUCCACGUCGCAAAUCUCGACAGGCUCAACAACCCCCACAUCUACAUCUACAGAUAUUAGAAGCACGACAACGCUUAUCGGCCCAACCCGCACCCUCGCCCGCGACUGCCCAUCCGCCAACAACUCCAUCUACGACAUCAGCUAUGGUUCUUCCUCCACAAUGUCGUGGCGCAAGCUAUGUAAUAUGAACUUCCGGUCCGUAAAACGCACACCCGCGAACCCAGACAACGUUGUCAACACGGGCACCAAGAGUUUAAACGACUGUAUCAACCUCUGCGCAUCCUGGGAUCAGACAAAUCAGACACUAAUCAAGAGUGGGAAAGCGUUCGUGUGUAAUGCCGUGUGCUGGAUUAAUACGUUGGAUGCGGAUUUGCCGGGUCAGUGCUUUGGGUUUACGACGCAAAAUGAUACGAGUGGAUUUGUGGUUGAUGAGACACGGAAAUGCGAUACAGCGGCUUGGAUUAAUCAGUCCUUUGGUUGAUACCAUUGUUGUUUACUCUUUAUGUGGGCGUCGGUUUUUGUGGGCGAGCGAGGGCGGGCUGUUUGGUGCACGCCAUGCAUUCCUAAAGGCGGCGUUAUCGGGGUUCUGAAUGGCAGCUAAAUAUACAAAUAUACAUUUUCGAAUCUCG